CGCGACGCUAGCCGGGCUGGACGCAUUUUUCUAUUUUUCCCGCCCAAUUAAUUCCGUCUGUCAACAAAACGGCUCUCUGUGAGUCGCGUGUGAAGCUGUGCGGUUUCUGUGACAAGACGAGAAUCGAAUCGAAUCGAAUCGGUACCGCGGCGUGACGAGACGGAGCUUCGUCAGGAUUCGUCACCGAUUUCACAGGGAAAACAAUCGGAACGAAUCGAUCCACAAUCGAACGCCCGCGGUUAUUUGUUCUCACCCCCAGCCCACCCACACGAGAAGGUAGAAUUAACCCGAGGGAAAACGGAAUAAAACAAGUGACUUUUUCUUUAGUUUGUCGUGCACUCAACAGCGAAUGCAGAGGUGCAAAACGUAAACUGAUAGGGUGGGAAGGGAAGGAGAAGAAUACAAAAAUCAAGUCGGAGGCAAAUGAAGAACGUGCGUUUUAAUUAGCUCUGGCCAAACGAAGCCACCCCCCACCCCCCCUUCUUCUACCACGCAGUGUUGUUAUCGGUUGUGGGCGUUGGAAUGCGAAGGUGGGUUUGUGCUGAGAGUGGUGGGAGUGCAGUUUAGAGAAGCGACCGAUAUUUAAAUUCGAUUGGUUCCAGGGCGAUAUUGUCCGACCCUGAGAAGUGUGAUUCGGUCAAGCGCGACGGUCGGUGUGGGUGGAAACGUAUGAAAGUGUGUGCCAUUUGGGGAUUAUUUAGAAAUUGACGUAGCUCUCGAGUUGCUACAGACAAAUGGUGAGGGAGAUGAGAAGGUGAUGAUGAACGUUAGAACGAUGUGACGAUGGUCGUAGUAAUAGUAGUAUAGCUCGGUGGUCAUCACGUUAAAUGGAAUUCGUACCCCGGUUAAACAGAGUAACGGUUUGGUAGUUCUCAAUCUGCUGUUUGACUUCCGACAUCGCCUCUUCAACUGUUUCGGAUGAAUAGUUUAAAUACGUUCUUGCACCCAAUCGCUUCUUUGUUCCUAACCAUAACGUGCAGCGAAGAAGACGAAACGAAUCUUGGCAAGUGUCCCCAAAGCACGGUAGUUAAGCGCAAAGAAGGAUAAAGCGAACCGCUGGUGCCUUUGAAAGGUACCGCCGCCAGGAGACUUCAGGAGCGUGUGAUAGCCGGUAGCGAAGAUAGCGAUAAAAGAGCAAAAGUGACUAAGCGGAAACGGAGAGUGAACGCGAAUUAACCAUAACGGCAGAGCAGUGGAUAGUGAGCUGAAGUAUGUAUUUGAGUGUUUCAGUGGGAGGUGAUGGGAUUGGAGGGGUCAGAAAUGUCGAUGGAGCAGCAGAUGGCGAACCGGGAGGGGGAGGAGGUGGUGGUGGAAGAGAACCACCAGAGAUGGAUACAAAAUUUAAUUUAAUACCGAACAAAGCGAAGCACGACGCUGCUGUUGGUAGUGUAAGGACGACGACGACGACGACGCUUCAAAGCCGAUCCAGCGGAAUAACGAUGAGGAGCUUCGUUGGAAUGCUUUUGGGAUUACUUACGAUAUCAGAAUCCCUCGCCCUACGGCUCACGAUGGUGAAAAUUCCGAUGUACAAAUUCCGUGGCGAACCUGCCAUGCUGGAGUGUCAGUACGAGUUCAAUGGGAAGCAACAACACAGCAGCCAUCACCACCACCACCAGCAUCAACAAUCGCGAGGCCGAACACGGAACGAUUCCUUCGGCAGCUACAAAUAUGGUGGCAUCUAUCAGGACGAUUACUACAGUGAUUCUGAGGGCGGAGAUCCACGGGAGGAGCGACUGUACUCGAUCAAGUGGUACAAAGACAACGAGGAGUUCUAUCGGUACGUUCCGUCCGCCAGCCAGCCCAUCAAGAGCUACAAGAUCGAGGGGAUCCGAGUCGAUCCGAAUUAUUCCGAUGGCUCGAAGGUGCUGUUGAAGAAUUUGUCCCUGAAAUCCUCGGGAGUCUACCGGUGCGAGAUAUCGGCAGAAGCUCCCAGUUUCGACUCGGUCCAGGGAGAAGGCCGAAUGGAUGUAAUAUAUGUUCCCAAGGAUGGUCCCCACAUCAAUGGCAGCGAGCAAAAAUCGUCCUACCACAUAGGCGAGACGAUGGAGCUGAACUGCACCUCAGGUCGCUCCUAUCCGGCGUCGACCCUCCAGUGGUAUCUGAACGACCAGCUGGUGACGGAACCGAACAGUAUAGUGUACUAUCCGCGGGCGGUUAACCAGUAUGGUCUGAUAUCCAGCUUUCUGGGUCUCAGCAUGGUCGUUCACCAGCGGCACUACAUCGAUGGGGUGAUGAGGAUAAAGUGCGUGGCCAGCCUUUCGCCGGUGCUCUGGCGGAACGGGAAGGAAAGCAUCGUGCAGUGGGAGCAACCGACGAUCGACAAUCGGGUGGCGAUGCUGCUGGUUAAAAGUGGCUCAUCCCGAUGGCUCAUCAACGUGAGUUUGCUGCUGCUCUCGAUGCUGUACAGUUCGACCGGAGGACUUCACCACCCAUAGCUGGCUGCUGCAGGACCGGAGGAAUGUCCCGACGUCGUUUCAGUGAAAGCUCGCUCCAUGCAACGCAAGCGUUCUCCGGGAUAAACCGGACCGACGGUGGGCUGACGGGCUGAGCUCUGGGGGAAGGUCUGGAUCAGUGAACGAAGUGGAACAACUUGGGCAAAUAUAAAUAUUAUAUUUGCCAGUGUGCGCGAUAGUAGAAAGGAAUGAGCGGAGAAGCUAUAAGCAGUGAUUUACUCUGAUAGUAUUUAUGGCUGACAGCGAGAGAAAAUAGCUUUUUCCCGAGUUUAGUUUUCUGAUUAAGUUUUUGUUUGGUUCUAUUUAGUGUACAGUUGGAACAGAGAGAUGAAAAUGCUAGAAGAAAAGCACUAUGUAUAAAUAUAGAAGCAUACCCUAAAGUAGCGAAUGUUACAAAACAAAAGAAGAAGAAGAAAAAACAGCAGUGUGAUUGUAAAUUCACUAAUUUUGUACAUAAAAGUUAGCUGGGAAUAAUUGCUAGAAUAAAUUUUCCGCUUGAACCCAUUGA